AUGCCACUAAUCGUUAUUUGUAGCGUCGAUCAAUUUGGAUUAACAAACAAGCUUAGAGGCAUUGAUAUUGAUGAAUUUAUUCGGGCUUUUCAAAAACUUGUAUAUGAUGAUUUUUCAGAAGAUCAAACAGAACAAGAAAUUACAGAGCUAUGGGAACGAUUUCCAAGUGCAAAAAAGUCAAGCCAGCGCGUUGAGAGCCUGCAUAGCCAAUUAAAAAGUGUUGAAAGUCACAUUACUCCAAUUGAUAAGCACACACAAGAUAAUAAGAAUAUAAGUCUAGAAAAGUUACGUUCAAUAUAUUCACAAUAUGUAUUUGAAACCUAUAUAAAAAAGCAACGAGAUCUCGUAAGAUCUGGGGAAUAUGGAGUUCUUAAAAGCGAUGCUAAUAUGUAUGAUGUAGUGCAUAUCGAUGAUCAACAGGGUAAUUUUGAAAUGACUAUUGUUGAUAGUGCUACAAAUUAUAAAGAAAUUAAGAUUCCUAAGAUCAAGCGUAAGCGUGGUCGUCCCUCUAAUAACAAGCAUAUCUGCAGUACUUUUGAAAAUGUUGUUAAAAAACCUAAAGUCGAGAAAUUGGAUAAUAAUGAUGCAACAAUGCUUAUAAAGCUUGACUCACGUAUUUAUCAAAGCAUAGUAUCAGAGGUGUGGCCUAUACUAUUUUGA